UCUGAGGGUCUACCGUAAAACCACCAUGGCCCUCUCAUGGUUCUCCAGACUCGCCCUGAUCAUCCUGACCUGCAUCCCUCGACCAUCUCUGGGGUGCCCCUCCGGCUGCCGCUGCUACAGCCUCACGGUGGAGUGCGGAUCACUUGGGCUCAAAGAAAUCCCACAGGGUGUCCCCUCUGUCACUGAAACCAUCUUCCUCCAGGACAACGCUAUAGUGCAGAUCCGUCUUCAGGAUCUGACUCGGCUGGGCAGCCUCCAUUACCUCUACCUUCAGAAUAACAGCAUCUCAGCCCUGGAGCCUGGGGCGUUCCUCAGUCAGGGGCAGCUGCUAGAACUGGCCCUCAAUGGCAACCUCAUCCACCUGAUCACCCCAGACAUGUUUCGGGGUCUAGAGCACCUCCGGAUCCUGUACCUCGCCGGGAACCAGAUCACUCGAGUGCAGGACUACACCUUCAGGGGACUGCAGCGUCUGCAGGAACUCCACCUGCAGGAAAACAGCAUAGAGCUGCUGGCGGAGCAAUCUCUGUCUGGCUUGUCAUCUCUGGCCCUGCUCGACCUCAGCAGAAAUCACCUCCGCACCCUGGGAGCCUCGUCCCUCAAACCACUCGUCAGCCUGCAGGUACUCCGUGUCACAGAGAACCCAUGGCGCUGUGAUUGUGCUCUGGGCUGGCUAAGAACCUGGAUCAGAGAAGACGGACAGCGCCUGUUGAGCUCUGCUGAACAGCGUCGGCUGAUGUGCUCUGAACCCCCUCGCCUCUCCCACCUCAGCCUGGUGGAGGUGGCUCCCAACAGCCUGGUCUGCAUCCCCCCUGUAGUGCAGCUCGAGCCCAGCCACCUGACUGUGCGACUAGGUGAGAGCCUCCGCGUCUCCUGCCAGGCCUCGGGAUACCCUCAGCCUCAGGUGACGUGGAAAAAGUCCUCCCAUGGCAAGCCCCAGUUAUCACCUCGAGGCUUGGUUCAAGAGCUGGGACCCAAUGGUGAGCUCUUCAGGCCUGGUGCUGGAGGUGUGGUGACAGCUCUGCCCAGCAGUGGAGGGAUCAAGGUCGGAGGUGUUGGAGGAAUCCAGGGGCUUGUGCGUGGGGCUGAGGAGGGUGGCGAGAGGGACAGCUUUGAUCCGGACAUGGGCAGCGGCAUGCUGUUUCUCAGCAAUGUGACUGUAGCGCAUGCUGGGCGCUACGAGUGCGAAGCCUGGAACCCCGGUGGUGUAGCUAGAGUUACCUUUCAUCUGGCUGUCAACAUGUCCUCUUCCUCAUACUCAUCCCAAUUCUGGCCUCGUUUGAACACGCACCCCUUUGUUUCCUCUUCAUCUAACUCCUUCUAUCAGCCGGAAGUUCUGGAUGUUAGCCAGGAGCCACUUUAUGAACAGGACAGCAUGGACUUCAGUGCUCUGGGCCCUGCUACGCAGACCGCCAUUGCUGUUGGCAUCUCUUUGCUGGCGCUCACCGCCAUUCUUCUCUUGAUUAUGAUCUACACUCGUCAUCAGCAGUACCGCAAAGAAGAUGGCGGCUCCUACUGCACCAGCAAGGAAGAGAGCAUCCUCUAUGUGAAUGACUACUCUGAUGGGCCCACCACCUUUGCGCAGCUGGAAGAGUAUCGUGACGAUCACGGCCACGAGAUGUACGUACUUAACAGAACCAAGCCCGUCCUGAGCUCCACUUCAUCCAGGUGUCCCAUGAUGAGUGGGUUCGUCCAGCAUGGUAUGAAGGAGGCUCUCCUGGACCACGAAAUGGUGCAGACACUGACCAGAUCGGGAGGAAUGGGGCUUCGCAGAAACCCAGCAGACGGAGGAGAGGGACCGCUAACAACAGACCCAGAGGAGCUCUUCCUCAGUCAGAGUCUCCUCUUCGGAUCACAGGUUGCCUACGAGAUCCACUGCUAA